AAGAAUUUUAUUUUGUUCAAAGUCUGCAACUUAAUAAAAAUCCCUUUUAACAAAACGCGAAAAAAAAAAAAUAUUUUUUAACAAAAUGGAAGGUGACCUUGAACGAGAAGCAGAAUCAUCCCAUUCUCUUGUCGGGUUUAAAGAAAAAUCCACAAGGUAAAUAAUUAUUACUAUAUAUAUAUAUUUUUUUAAAAUAUCUUAUAAAUAAAAUUUUGUGCCUAUAAAGAGUUCAAGAGAAAUCACCUCUUUCUCAAGAUACUAUUCAAGAAAGAUUGCCUCUUUAUGAAGGUUUGGCUCGAGAGAAAUCUCCUUAUAAGAGUGUUACCCAAGAGAAAUCAUCAUCCGUUGCUCGAGGAAAAUCGUCUUUUUAUACUGAUUAUACUAUCCAAGGAAAACCUGCUUAUAAAGAUAGCGUUCGAGAGAAAGCUACUCUUUAUAAAACUACUGCUCAAAAAUAUGGCUAUAGCUUUGUUUCCACCAUAAUGGAAUACAUUCGACCUUUUACCAAGUUAUUUGGAUAUUUCUGGAAUAAUUUUGCUCCUCUUCGUUGGUUCGUUUAUACUUUUUUAACUUUCUGUUCAGUUCCAACCGCUAUUUUCAUUGGAUGGGCAGUUUUGUGCUUUGCUGGAAUUAUUGCAUUAGCAGGUGUUGGAAUCACUAUUGCGGAAGGAUUUUUUUUAUUUCUUGGAAUGUCGGUAUUUUUACCUGUUGCAAUUAUUUUAUGUAUCAUCGCGUUCGUUACAGUUGUAUUUCUUACUUUGGCUUGGAUUGGAAUGAGAUCUUCGGUUACGGUAUAUGGAUAUUUUAAUGGGCCUUCAAAUGUUGAAGUCGAAGAGGCUGAAUAUACUAAAAGAUCCAUUGAUGAGAAAAACAAAUUUGAUUUGUGAAGAACAGAAAUGGUUGGGUUCGUGACGCGUUUAUUUUUUUUUCGAUAAUCAGUAUGCACAUAAAACUGCGG